CUGGUAAACAACUCCUCAUGCGAGCGCACUAGCUCAGGUUUAAAACAAAAAUAAAGUAUUCAGUCAUAUCACGUCUCUGAUUACCAAGUCCACUUUGGAAACAACCCGUCCAGCCAGCUGAAAGCCAGACUCAUGAUUGUUUCACCUGAACGCGGAUGAAAAUAAACAACCCGGGCUAACGUUAGCUGGACAUGCUAACUAGCAGUGAUGGCAGCACCGUCGCCUCUGAGUUCUGCUCCUGCGUUCAGUCAAAAGCAACGCAGGGCUGCUCUGAGGAAGGAGAGGAGGAAGAGGAAACGCCAAGCUGUCGCCCAAGUUAGAGAAUGUGGAUUACACAAUGGACCACCCUAUGCACUUGAAGAAAUACACGAAGAAGUAGAAGAAGAAGAUGAUGUUGCAGAGAAGGAAAGACUGCGGCUGCACGAGGAGUGGUUGGAAAAAGAGAGGCUUGCCCAGAAGGAGUUCAGGCUGAGGGCUGAGAGGGAGGAGGCUGCGAGGAAAAGAAAAGAGGAAGAGGAGCGGAUGAUAAAGGAGGAAUGGGAGGACCAGCAGAAGAAAGAACAGGAGGAAAAAGAAAAGCAGCAGCACAAGCGAGACAGAGAGGAGGCUGUUCAGAAAAUGUUGGAUGAAGCUGAAAAUCAGCUAGAGAACGGACAAUCGUGGAUGAACCCUGAGGCUCCGGUGAAGAACUGCGAGAACUUUGGAACAGAGCGCGACAUCGCCAACUGUCCGUUCUUCCUGAAGACCGGGGCAUGUCGGUUCGGAGACAGAUGUUCCCGGAAGCACAUUUAUCCCACAGCCAGCCCGACUCUGAUGAUCCGCGCUAUGUUCACAACGUUUGGCAUGGAGCAGUCACGCCGCGAUGAUUACGACAUCGAUGCUUGUUUGGAGCACAGCGAGGAGGAGCUGCAGGACACUUUCCUCGAGUUCUACCACGAUGUCCUGCCAGAGUUAAAGAGCAUCGGCAAGGUGGUGCAAUUCAAGGUCAGCUGCAAUUAUGAGCCACAUCUGAGAGGAAAUGUUUACAUUCAGUUUGACACAGAGGAGCAGUGUAAAGAUGCUAUCAUCAAGUUCAAUGGCAGGUUUUACGCAGGCCGGCAGCUUCAAUGUGAGAUGUGUCCCGUUACGCGGUGGAAGAACGCUAUAUGUGGUUUGUUUGACAGGCAGAGGUGCCCCAAAGGGAAGCACUGCAACUUCCUGCAUGUGUUCCGAAACCCUAGCAACGAAUUCUGGGAGGCGGACAGGGACCUGCACAUGUCGCCGGACCGCAGCGUCACGGGGAGCCGCAGGGACGGGUGGCACUCAGAGCGAUACGGAGACCGGUCGUGGAGGCAACGCCAGAGCAGCAGAAGCCCGCCGAGGUCCAAGAGGUCCCACAGCAGGCGGGACGGCGACCGGCGGAGGAGCAGGAGCAGAGAGAGGAGGGCCUCCCAACGGUCCGCCAGACACAGUGACAGGGCGAUGGAUCGGUACCUGAGCAGGAGCAGGGACCGGUCGAGGAGCAGGAGUAGAGACAGGGAGCAAGACAGGCAGAGAAACCGGAGUAGAGAUAAAGACAGGGAGCAGAAGUCCAGGAAUAGGAGUGAGGAGAGAGACGGUCGAGACAAAGAUGCAGACACGAGAGACCGGUCCAGAAGCGCAAGCAGAGAGAGGAAGAAAGAGAGGAGAGCCAAGAAACCGGAUAGGAAAGAGAAGCCCCUUAAUGAGGAUGCCAACACACACCGGCGCCACAAACAAUCCAAGAAGAGCAAGAAGAAGAGCAAGAAGAAGCACAAGAAGAAAAGCCAUUCGCCUGGGGUGACGGCCUCGUCAGGAGAGUCGGAGAAGGUGUCGGAGGAAGAGACGCCGGCAAAUCUCAGGCCGACGAGUCCCGGUCAGGAGAUAAAUGAAACAAAGCCAAUUCAGAAUAACAAUCUCUUGGAUGAGAGACCAUGUGUCUACAGUGAGAAGUUUAGCCCCGAGGGGGGAAAUGAACAGUCAGAAAUAUCUGGUGAGCCGCAGGAAAAGGUGACAUAAGUAGUCUGUCUCUGUGACUCUUACAUUUCAGAAGCUGUGAGUUUGUUCUGGCUUUUUAACUGUGUGAAUGUGAAGGAGCAACAAAUGAGUUGAGCCCUGAUGCAUUCAGAGAGCCCCGAGUGUACUGUACAAAUGUGAAUAUUUAGCUUUUGGAAAAUGGUUCAUGUCGCUUUAAUAAAUGAACUCUUGAUCACUGGA